GUGCACAAACAACAUCAAUAUUUAGUGGAGCAACGCGGCAACUCUGCGCUGUUUAUAAAUAAACAUUGUUUGUGUGUACACUUGUGCAGUGGAAAAGAAAUGAGCGCACUAUUGUAAAGGAAAAAGUGCAGCAGAACGAGGCGAUCGCGUUUAAUUAAAAGGAAAAAUGCAUGAAUGUGUUUCGCCAGCAGCAUAAUCGAAGCGCAUAAGAAGUUAUUUAUAGCGCCAGAGUUGGAGGCCACGCCCUCAUCGACAUUAGGCAGCAGCGGUAGACGUAAAUCGGCCAACAUAAUGUCGCGCAGCAAGUCACGCCUGCAAACCGAAGUCUGCGGCGAUUGUGGAGCAACGGAUCCCUCUUGGGCAUCAAUAAAUCGCGGCAUUCUGCUCUGCGCCGACUGCUGUUCGGUGCAUCGCAGUUUGGGGCGUCAUAUUUCUAUUGUGAAGUCACUGCGCCAAGGCAACUGGGAGCCAUCGGUGUUGAAUUUUGUGAAUUCUCUAAACGCGCACGGUGCCAACAGCGUCUGGGAGCAUCAUUUGCUCGACGGCGCCACGAAUUCGUCUGGCGGUAAGCAUGUGCCACGCUGGCGCAAGCCAACACCCAAGGAUGCACUGCAUCCAACCAAGUCGGACUUCAUCAAGGCCAAGCACGUGAAUUUGAACUUUGUGCUCAAGCCUAGCUUGCAGGACGACGAUGACUCCAGUAGCGGCGGCGGUGGAAACAAUCUGGAGCAGGAGCUAAGCCGGCAGCUGCAUGCCAGUGUCCGCACCAGUAAUCUGGAGACUUCCUUGCGCUUUCUGGUGCAAGGCGCCGAUCCCAAUUAUUAUCAUGAGGAGAAGUGCUCAACACCCUUGCACAUGGCUGCAAAGUUUGGACAGGCUUCGCAGAUCGAAAUGCUGCUUAUCUAUGGCGCUGAUGUCAAUGCAUUGGACAGCAAUGGCAUGACGCCGCUGGAGUUGGCCAAGGCCAACAAUCACAGCACCAUAGCGGAGCGUCUGCUGGACGCCAUGUACGAUGUAACCGAUAGACUUAUUAUGUUCAUGGGUGGCAAGAAACCCGAUCAUGCCAGUGGUCGCCACUUAAUUAUACCGGAGACCAAUGGCUCUGAGAUUAGUGAGCAGCUGAAGAUUGCGCGUGGCAAGUUGCAACUGGUGCCCAACAAAAUGUUCGAAGAGCUCGUCAUGGAUCUCUACGACGAAGUCGAUCGACGCGAAUGCGAAGCCAUUUGGUCAACGAGCACACUGAAUGCUGAACAUGCUACGGUGCCAUUUCUUCCGGCAAAUCCAUUUUUGAGCGCCACACGCAAUCAGGGUCGUCAGAAGCUGGCACGCUUCAAUCGCGCUGAAUUCGCCGGUCUGUUGACCGAUGUGCUCAUCGAUGCGCUGCGUCGCCAGAACAUGGCCAAUCUGCGUCCGUUGGAUGCCCCACCACUGCCCACACAGUCGCUGCAACUGCUGCCGUAUGGCAACAAUUCGACCAUGUACAGCAGCUCGUUUGAGCAAAGCAUGCAUGAUCCGAAUCUGUCGGACGAUGAGCCUAUCUACGAUCCAGUGGCCAGCGAUGAUGACUAUGCGCCGGUGCCGCCAAUGGCCCAGCAGGCCAUUGUUCAUACGCCGCCGCGCAAUGCAAACUCACAAAACGAAAUGGAAACGCUGCGCAAGCAGAUCAACGAAUACAAAUCCGAGAUCAGUCAGCUGAAGAAUGUGGUCCAGCAGUUGUCCAGCGAGAAUUCGCAGCUAAAAUCGAAGUUCAGCAGCGCCUCGAACAACAGCGUCUACGAUGAGCCACUUCGCAUUGAUUUGAGCCUCAACAGUCCCGACUCGGAGCACGAGCCGCUUUCUUUGCCCGAGGGCAGCAACAACUCAGCUGUCGCUGCAGCCGCAGCUGGGGGAGACAGCGCCUCGUCGAAUGCUUCAUCGACACAGUCGACCAUCAAGCGACCCGCCAGCAUGUAUGAACGACGUUUGGCAUCCAAUUUUGCCGAGGGCAACACCGAUGUCCGCAACACAACGAGCAUGUAUCAAAUGGCUGGCGAUGGCAAGCCAUUUGGUGAGGAGGUCAAAGUGCGGUCCGAUUUGGUGACACGCUGCCUCAAGGAGCUCAUUCAGGCCAUGCAUCCCACCUGCGAGGCGGAGAAGCAAUCGAUAGCGCCGCAUGGCGAACGCAUACGUAGCGCUGUGACUGAUUUGAUAGCACUCUAUGCCAAUCUGCCACCGAAUGCAAGUGAAACCACACGUGAGACUCUGAAGCAGCUGACACGCAAGAAUAUACUCAUUCAGCACGAGUGUGAGAAUCUGCAGAAAUCAAUUGAGGCGGAUGACAAGCAGGCGAUACAAACAAAUACGUUGGAGGUGCGAGAUUGCGCCUUUCACAUAGCUAGUGCCAUUAAGACGCUGGUGUUGCAGUUCUAUUAACAAUGUUUAGCACAUAAUUAACGAUACACAUAUUACUAGUUAUUAGUUUCAACCCGAAAGCAUUUAAAGUUGAAAAAAGUAUUAAUCCCUCUGACACUAACACCAAGUGCUUCCUUCAAUUGAAUAACGAAUUCAAAAAUUUGUUUGCCAAAUGAAGCAAAUGUUUAUUUUCAGUUUAAUAUUUGUAUUAAUAAAUGUUUUACAUAAA